AUGCAUGAUUUUACUUUUUAUUUAUCGGUGUGCGGCCUCCAAGCCGUGUAUGAUAAUGCUGACAGUCUCCUAAAUCGGGUAGUGAAGAUUCGUAUUACCAUGCUUGCAAAAACUGAGAAACACCUGUCUUGA